AUGAAGAAGUUACAAGGUGACUGUAUCUAUUGGCUGGUCCUUUUAACUGGAGCUACUCAGCUCCUACUAGUGUGUGGAGAGGGAGUGUACUUAUCUCUGGGAUCAACCAUCAUCACCACUAACAACACUGAGAUCCUCAUCACUGAUAUUGGAGAUGAUGUUGGAGAUGGUCGUCCCUCUCUCGUCUGUCACACUGACCUCGUGGUUUGUUGUAGACCCAGUGAGACAAUGGCAGGAGGAAUUGGACAUUGGUACUAUCCAGAUGGGGAUCGUGUUCCUGGUGGAUCUACCUCAUCAUUUCGACCGUUUGUAUCAGCAAGAAAUAUUCAAUUCAUUAAACUGACUCGUGAGGAAAGGUUCUCUUUCUUUAACAAGCCCGCUACCCUGGGUCCAACUGGUUCCUACUGCUGUAUUGUACCAACUAAUGGAGGAGAGAUGACCUUCUGUGCUAACCUACUUGUGUGUCUGUCUCUCCCUCCCCUGAACAAUGGAAUAGUCUCAUACAGCAGCUCAACACUGGGUCUGAACACUGUGGCCACAUACACCUGUGACACUGGCUAUACUCUAGUGGGAAACAAUGCCACAACUUGUGGAAUGGAUGGGAACUGGAGUAAAUCAGCUCCAAACUGUCAAUUACCAGGAUUUACGCCAACCAUUACUACACCAAAUAUUACUCCUCUGCCUGCCAUUUGCCCCGACUUGAAAGAACCGAACAAUACAAACAUUGCUUACGGUAAUAUUACCUUGGAUCCCAUGGGUACACGAACCGUGAGCACUGUGGCCACUUACAGCUGUGACACUGGCUACACUGUCAAUGGAACUGCUACCAGGACUUGUGGGAGUGAUGGAAUGUGGAGUGGGUCAGAUUCAACUUGUGAAGCUAUUGAGUGUCCUCCUCUACAGGCCAUUACCAAUGGCAUGAUCUCCUACUCACCUGAUGUCACCCCUGACAAUGACCUGGGAACUAAUGCAACUUACACUUGUGAGGCUGGGUUCUAUCUUGAGGGUAAUGAGGUACGAGUGUGUAUGGAUGAUGAUGGAAUGGACGCCAUUGGAGUGUGGAGUGGACUGGAGCCAAGCUGUGUCUCAAAACAGUGUCCUCCUCUACUGCCCAUUACUGAUGGAUUCAUCACCUACGCUACUGACACCACACCUAAAUAUGAUUUCGGCACUGUGGCCACCUAUGCCUGUGACGCUGGGUUUGUUCUGGACUUUUCCCUGGGUGGAUCUGUGACUAGAACUUGUGUGGAUGAUAUAGACAAUGAUGCAGAGGGAGGGUUCAAUGGACAGGCUCCGAGAUGUAUCCCAAAAAAGUGUUCUCCUCUACUGCCCAUUACUGAUGGAUUCAUCACCUACGCUACCGACACCACACCUAAAUAUGAUUUCGGCACUGUGGCCACCUAUACCUGUGACGCUGGGUUUGUUCUGGACUUUUCCCUGGGUGGAUCUGUGACUAGAACUUGUGUGGAUGAUAUAGACAAUGAUGCAGAGGGAGUGUUCAAUGGACAGGCUCCGAGAUGUAUCCCAAAGCAGUGUUCUCCUCUACCGCCCAUUACUGAUGGAUUCAUCACCUACGCUACCGAUACCACACCUAUAUAUGAUUUUGGCACUGUGGCCACGUAUACCUGUGAGGCUGGGUUUGUUCUGGACUUUUCCCUGGGUGGAUCUGUGACUAGAACUUGUGUGGAUGAUAUAGACAAUGAUGCAGAGGGAGGGUUCAAUGGACAGGCUCCGAGAUGUAUCCCAAAAAAGUGUUCUCCUCUACUGCCCAUUACUGAUGGAUUCAUCACCUACGCUACCGAUACCACACCUAAAUAUGAUUUCGGCACUGUGGCCACCUAUACCUGUGACACUGGGUUUGUUCUGGACUUUUCCCUGGGUGGAUCUGUGACUAGAACUUGUGUGGAUGAUAUAGACAAUGAUGCAGAGGGAGUGUUCAAUGGACAGGCUCCGAGAUGUAUCCCAAAGCAGUGUUCUCCUCUACCGCCCAUUACUGAUGGAUUCAUCACCUACGCUACCGACACCACACCUAAAUAUGAUUUCGGCACUGUGGCCACCUAUACCUGUGACGCUGGGUUUGUUCUGGACUUUUCCUUGGGUGGAUCUGUGACUAGAACUUGUGUGGAUGAUAUAGACAAUGAUGCAGAGGGAGUGUUCAAUGGACAGGCUCCGAGAUGUAUCCCAAAGCAGUGUUCUCCUCUACCGCCCAUUACUGAUGGAUUCAUCACCUACGCUACCGAUACCACACCUAUAUAUGAUUUCGGCACUGUGGCCACCUAUACCUGUGACGCUGGGUUUGUUCUGGAAUUUUCCCUGGGUGGAUCUGUGACUAGAACUUGUGUGGAUGAUAUAGACAAUGAUGCAGAGGGAGUGUUCAAUGGACAGGCUCCGAGAUGUAUCCCAAAACAGUGUCCUCCUCUACCGCCCAUUACUGAUGGAUUCAUCACCUAUGCUACCGACACCACACCUAAAUAUGAUUUCGGCACUGUGGCCACCUAUACCUGUGACGCUGGGUUUGUUCUGGAAUUUUCCCUGGGUGGAUCUGUGACUAGAACUUGUGUGGAUGAUAUAGACAAUGAUGCAGAGGGAGUGUUCAAUGGACAGGCUCCGAGAUGUAUCCCAAAACAGUGUUCUCCUCUACCGCCCAUUACUGAUGGAUUCAUCACCUACGCUACCGACACCACACCUAUAUAUGAUUUCGGCACUGUGGCCACCUAUACCUGUGAUGUUGGGUUUAUUCUGGACUUUUCCCUGGGUGGAUCUGUGACUAGAACUUGUGUGGAUGAUAUAGACAAUGACGCAGAGGGAGUGUUCAAUGGACAGGCUCCUAUAUGUAUCCCAAAGCAGUGUUCUCGUCUACCGGCCAUUACUAAUGGAUUCAUCAUCUAUGCUCCCGACAACACACCUAACUAUAAUCUGGGCACUAUGGCUACCUAUACCUGUAAUGUUGGGUUUGUUCUGGACCUCUCCCUAGAGGGAUCUGCUGAGAUGAGAACUUGUGUGGAUGGACUGGACGCUAUUGGAGUGUUUGAUAGAUUGGCUCCAAAAUGUGUCCGUAUCGUUUGCCAACCUCUUUUCCCUUACCCCUAUGGUGUGAUAACCUAUCAUCACGAAACUCCACCUUACUCAUACGGAACACGAGCACAGUAUGUCGUCUCAUGCCCUCCCGAACUGCAGAGAAGGGGAGGAGAUGAUGAGAGGACUUGUAGCACUAAUGGAAAUAGUGCAGUGGGGGUUUGGUCUGGAGCUGCUCCCAUCUGUGCAGCUCGGGGAAUUAUCCUGUCAUUUCAAGGAAUAACCUAUAACACUACGAACAAUAGUAAAAUUGCACUCACCAGGAUUGAGACUACAAAUGACACAUCCUUGAUUUGUCACACUGACUCAACCACUUGCUGUAGAGGUAGGGACAAGAAGCCAUCUUCAAGUAUGGGUACUGGAGAGUGGCUGUUUCCUAAUGGAACAAGUGUUGUCCGGAAGAGAGUCACUGAUGAUGGGUUCUAUUAUACAAGGUUUCAUCAAGCUCUCAGACUGUAUCGUCAAGGUGAUAUUCAGACUCCACUGGGAACCUACUGCUGUAGAAUACCUGACAGUGGUGGAGUGUUGAGGACAUUCUGUGCUAACAUUGUUGACAACACCAUUCGAUGUCCCUCUGACUCAGUGAUGGCUCCCACUAAUGGGAUGGUCUCAUACUCUAGUCCAGAGGAAGGUGGGGGUUACGUUUUUGGAACUGUGGCCACUUUCUCCUGCUCACCUGGUUUUGGCCUCAGUACUCUUGAGACUAGAACAUGUGCAGGAGAAAAUGAUGUUGAAAUAGGAACCUUCAGUGGCUCAAGUCCAACAUGUUAUGUGAUCACUUGCUCUGCUACUCCUAAUAUUGUCAAUGGAACGAUUGGCUACUCACGUCUUGGUACAACUGAUGUGUUCAAUUACGGAACAACAGCUAUUUAUCAGUGUAACCAUGGAUAUAAGUUAAUAGGUGAAGACAGUGAGAGGACUUGUACUGGUGAUGUUAGCCCUAGAGGUCGGUGGGAUGCUGUGGACUGUAGGACUCCUCCGUUUAUUAUCAAUGGGUCUCGUGGGGAUACCAACAACCACAACAUUCACAGGGACAGUGACCUACAGCUGUAA